CGAAUACUUGCACAUUUAAACAAGAACAUGGCAUUGGAGCAGCAAAACAAUAAGCCAGGAGCACAGCAGCCUCAGUUGAAUGGACUAGAGGAAGACGACGAGUUUGAAGAGUUUGCUGCACAAGGUAAGCAUUUCUUUCCCUAAUGCAAUUUGAACCAACAGUAUUCGUUUAUUCUUUUUUUAUUUUUUAUUUUUUAAUAUUAAAGCAGUUAGAAGAGAGAAACACAGGCUCUUUCAAGUCUAAGCCGAAAAAGACCUAUGAAAGAUAUGGAUCUAUGGAUCUAUAGCUGUUGUUUCUUUUUUAUAUUUUUUUGGAAUAUCUUGAGUAUCUGAUGAUGGCAUAUGGCAAACUACCUAAAUCUGACGUCUUUAAGUAUACGAUUAUCUUUAAUAAUGAACUAAACAAUAUAGAUUGGAAUGAAGCUGAGGAAGAGAAGGAUGCACACCAGUGGGACGACAACUGGGAUGAUGAUGAUGUUGAAGAUGACUUUUCAAACCAGCUCAGGGCUGAGCUUCAAAAGGCAAACGCAAUCCAAGCGUGAACAGGCAUGGAAGCAGGAUAGGGAUCAUUGAAAUAAACAACGCAAUAACGCAAAAUUCAACAAAUCAUAAUUAUUUCUUUAUAGUUUGUUCAAUUCAAAUAAGAAUGUCUACUCUUUCUACAC